AAUAGAUUUAACAGAAUUCAAUCACCAAAUCGAGAUGAGCAAAGAGAUAUUAUUAGAAGGUUAGUCGAAAUAGAAUUUCAACAAUUCCAAUCUAACAACACCACCUACAGCUCCAAUAACAACACAAAAAGAACUCUAUAUAGACAAAAUAUGGAGUGUUACAAAUGUAAAGUUAUAGUUGAAGAGGGACUAGAUUCUGAUUUUGAAAUUAAGUGUUUAAGAUUGGCAAAAACACUUAUUGGUUAA